GACCAUUAAACAUUUGUAGUUGGGCUAUAAUUUUCCCCUUGUUCCUGUUUGUCUCUCUAUAUUAAAGUACAAGCUCGUAUAUUUGACAUUUUAUAUAAAAAGAAUUCUCUAUAUUACAGUACAAGCUCAUAUAUUUGACAAUUUAAACUACAAAAACGACAAGUGUGGCUCUCGCUUGAGCUUCGACCCCGAACCUUUCGGCCGCAGGAAUGGCCUUCGUCUGGAGCCCCGGCCUCACUAAGUCCCUCCUGGAGAAGAUCAGGGCCCGGGAGGUGCUGUGGGACACCAGCCACCGCUUCUUCACCAAAAAGAAGCUGAGGAGGAGCUGCUUUGACCAAGUGUGCCAGGAGCUGAAGUCCGAGCACGAGCAUCUCCAUGCACUCACAACAGAUGAUGUUGUCCAGAGAUUCCAGUAUCUUCGAGGCCACUUUCAAAAGUUGUUGAGGAAAAUAAAGAAUUCAUCAAAUGAUUCAGGAGGCCAAACACCAGCUAAAUGGGAGUUUUUCAAUUCCUGUUUAUUUAUGCAACCAAUCUAUGAUAAUGGUCAAAGUCAAUCAAGUUUUACACACUCAGAUGACUUAAUGGAAAUACCCUGUAAUGGAGUAGUUGUAUAUGAAGGCUUACUGGAGAAAGAUAUGACAGGCAAUGAUGACAGGACGUUCUCAUCCCCUUCAUCAUCAUUGUCAUCUCCUUCACCUCUACCUGAUCUCCCCGAAGAUAGCAAAGCAUCAGCAUUCCACAAACCCUCAGCAUCAUCCACUCCCUCACCCCUGCCCGAUCUUCCGGAAACCCAGCCAGAGGCAAGAAAUUUGAAGAGGAAAAGGACCUGGCAUGAGAUGGAGGAAAAUUUAAUGGAAUCCAUCAACUGCGUGAAGGAGGCAUGGUCAUCACAGAACCAGAGACAGGUGCAGAGAAAGCCGUUCCGUUAUGAUAUGGCCACAGAGGCUGUGAUGUCCUGUGUGGAAUUCCUCUCUCCUCAUAAGGAUCUCAAAAUGGAAUUUAUAGUGGAAGUGAUGUCACUUGUUAAUAGAACAGUACAAAAAGUUCAGGAAAGAGAGAACAGAUGUCUCCAUAAGAAUAAUUGAGUCCUUUGAGCUAGUUGUAACUUUUGUUGUAUUGUGCAUAUACUGUGAUAUUUGAUUAACAUAUUAGAUGUAGUCAGAAUGAAAUAAGAGAUUUAUGAGCAUAGUUUUCAUAUAAAAAAUUCUUCUUCACA